AUGCCGCCCGUGGAGCCGCGAUUGAAGCCAUUGUGUGCGACCUUCAUCCAUUACAUGGACAGCAGCAAGGGCAAAGAUGCAUGCAAGGGCCGCAAGCUCGUCCGCUGCCACAGCUUCAGCGGCUACGUUCCAUAUCACCUUGAGCAGGAAGAGGCGGACAAUGCAGAGAGCAUUCCGUCCGAUUGCUCUAAUGGCAGCAGCGCCGAAACCCCGGAAACGGACAUCGGGGAAGAUGGCGAUCCCACAGCCCAGGCAUGGCCUGACACGGACGACGAGUGGGAUUCGGAAUCAUCGAAAUCGGCCCCAAGAGUGGCACUGGUGGCUAUGUACGUGCCCCAAGUCGAGGAGAAGGUCAUUGAAGGCCUUUGCAGAGCAGUGACAGAGGCGGCUGUAGGAGCUCCUGGUGGACAUUGUAGCGUUUUCAACUACAUCGGUGAGCCUCCGGACAUAAACAGCUACGUCUGGCAGUUGUGCAGGAACAGCUGCUGUGACACGAUGACCUUCGUCUUCGCUUUCGCUUACUUGUGCCGGACUUCGGAGACGAACCACGGCAAGGUCGAUGUGAGCAAGCAGACAAUUCAUCGCCUGCUCCUAGCAGCGGUGACUGUCGCAGCGAAACACAGGCAGCUCUACAAGCACGACAGCAGCAUCUAUGCACAGGCCGGCAAUGUAAGCAUAACGGAUCUGAACCAACUCGAAGCAUGCUUCUUGGACUUGCUCCGGUGGAACCUCGACGUCUGCCCAAAGACAUUCAAGAGGAUUUAUCGCCUCCUUUGCAGAGCCGCCGCAUGA